AUGAAAACAAUUAAAAUAAUUGGACCAAACUUUAAUUUAAAAGAAUUAACAGAUGUAUUUAAUUUUUCAUUUUCAGAUUAUGUGAUUAAAUUUGUUUUAACGGAAGAAUCAUUAUCACAAAAAAUUCAAGGAGAUGGUAUAUCAAUGGAUCAUUCUAUAGGUAUAUAUAAUGAGAAUGAUGAAAAUAAAUUGGAAGGAUUUGUUUUACUUGCACCAGAUAAUUUUAAAAAUCCAACAAAAUUAUAUAAUUCAGCAACAGGAGUUAUUCCAACAGCAAGAGGUAAUAAAUUAAUUGAGAAAUCCAUUUCUCAAAUGAAAUCAACCUUUAAAGAGAAUGGUAUUAAAAGUAUAGUAUUAGAAGUUAUUCAAACCAAUCCACGUGCAAUUAAAGUUUAUGAAAAUUGUGGAUUUAAAAUUACAAGAGAAUUACAUUCAUAUAAAGGUGAUUUAAAUAGAGAUUCAUUAUUAAAAUAUUUAAAUAGUAACAAUGAAAAUGAUAUUAUAAUUGAAAAAGUUGAAAAUUUAACAGAAGAUAUUAUUAAUUUCAUUGAAAAUGAUGAUCCACAACAACAACAACCAAGAAUGAACCCAUCUUGGUCAAACACAAAUCAAGUGAUUCAAAGAGAGUUUAGUAUGGGAUUUAAUAAAAUUUGGAUUGCAAAAGAUAAUAAAACAAAUAAAAUUAUUGGGUUUUUAUCAAUCCAUUCUCAAAGCCAAAGAAUUAGACAAGUUUAUGUAACACCAACAUUUAGAAAUAAAAAUGUAGCAACUAAAUUAUUUUAUACAAUGUCAAAUGAAUUCCAAUCGAUUAAUUUCAAUGCUUCAAAUAUUGAAGAAGGUUAUGAAAAUUUAAAAAAUUUCUUUAAUAAAAGAAUUGGUUUAGAUUUUUGGGUUUCGCAAUUUGAAAUGGAAUUAAUUCUUUAA